AUGCCAAACGUUGAAAAACCACAGAUACAACCUAUUGAUGCAGUACAUGAAGUAUUAUUAAAUAUUUUAUCCGAGCAACAAAAUCAAGCAUUUCAAUCUGAACUUGUACCGAAAAUGCCAAGAGGAUCACGAUUAAAAAAAAAUAAAACUGGUAUCAAUAUUAUAGGUAUAAAUCCUAUUAAAUUUGAUGAAGAAAAUAAGAAAAAUAGCACGAAGAAAAAUAAAAAAUCUUCUUUCAAAGCAGAGAAGACAGAAAAAAAUAAUUUGAAGAAGGAAAACAAAACGAAUCUAAUGAUGAUCGACGAUGACCAAAAAAAUGAUGAAAUGGAUUAUGAAUUACACGCUCAAGAACAAUUGGAUAUAGCUAUUGAAUAUACUGCAUCUGUAACAAAUACUAGCGCUUCAACUAUUUUGUAA